UCCCCUUCUCGUCACUUUCCCCGUCGAAUUUCGCUGCUCCGUCAUCGCUGCAGGAAGCCAUGAAAGUCAAGCUCUUGCAUGGCAUGCGGUUGCAUCAUGGACAUGGGAUGCUCAAGAUGAGACAUGUGGGAUAUGUCGAAUGCCAUUUGAUGGUUGUUGUCCAGACUGCAAACUCCCUGGAGAUGAUUGCCCUCUAAUUUGGGGAGCUUGCAACCAUUCGUUUCACCUCCAUUGCAUACUGAAAUGGGUUAAUUCACAGACGAGCCAAGCUCAUUGCCCCAUGUGCCGUAGAGAAUGGCAAUUCAAAGAGUAAUAAGGAGUGGAGAGAAGGGCUUUGUGUUGUGCCUUGAUUGGCUUUUUAGCUUUGCUUUCCACUUUUAGAGAUGUGUUGGGCCCUUGAUGGGUGUUUAAUGGUUGCAAAUAUAAGUGACCACAAAAAAUUUACUAAAGAUUUUGGUGAAUUCUGUGUGCCACAUGUAUAUGAAACCUUGGUCACGUGAGAGAUUAAAACGAGAGGUAAAGCUUUCAAAUC